CACGAGCAGUCACCUGCGCACGCAGAUGAAGAGCAAGCGAAGGAUGCGGUCAUCAGUAACGACGCGGUCGGGCAGUGCAAUGCAGAAAGCCAUGUCUCACCGUAGUUUUACCGACAAAGCUCACAACGGUUCUUUCGGACACGUCCGGGAGCAAGAACGCAGACGCUCGGAGCUCACAGGCGAGAGCGCGGUCAUCUUCGGCAACGGUGCAUUCCAAGGGCUCCUGGUGGCGUUCGCACAGGUUGCCAUGUUUGUGUCCCAAACUAUGAUCUCGGUCCAGGCGGUGACUGCAACGUCAUUAUACUACUGGUGCCGGCCCCCGUCCGAGUACUCGUACAUGUCCACGGCGCAGUGGUUGAACUCCGGCAUUCCGCAGGGGCCCGACGGCAGCUACAGCCACUGCUCACACUAUGAGCGGCCCCGCUUACCGGGUUCCAUGCCUACAGCCGCCGAGGUGCCCUGCAAACACUGGACCUACAACACGACCUCAAGCGGCUACACCAUAGUCGAAGAGUGGGAGUUGGUCUGCGAUCGCAUGUGGCUCUUAGCUCUCGCCCGUGCCGUCUUAAUGUGCGGGAGAGUCGUGUGCGUGCCUCUCAUGGGGCUCGCCUGUGACAGGUAUGGUCGGCGACCUGUGCUGCACGCGUCAGUCGCCGUACUUUACUGCUCAUGCGUGGCUCAGUGCUUCAGCUCGACACUGAGCACUUACGUCGGGCUAGGCUUGUUGCAGUCAGUGUCCUCCAGUGUCCUGGAGCUCACCACUAGCAUCCUGCUGUUCGAGUCAACGCCUCUUAGUGCACGUGAAGAGCUUGUCGCGCUCGCGGCGAGCGUCCCGAUUGUGCUCGCUCCAGUCUACUACAAAGCGUUGUCCUUGUUAGCGGGCUCCUGGAGAAUCCUGCACCUGGCCGUGGCGGCGCCGUCAGUGUUACUAAUCAUCGUUGUAUACCUGACUGGGGAGUCCCUGGAUUGGCUCAUCGCCACCGGCAAGUUCGAAGACGCCGAGCGGGCCGCACUGUGGGCAGCGGAACUGAACCACGAGAAGCCUGAGGUUGUUAAAGAACGGCUGGCCGGAAUCACGGCGGGACUAGCAGUGCCGGCCGAGCGACCACCGAGACCCGGAAGGCUCGGCUUCUGCGCCCUUUUCAGCGGACCCAGACGCUGCGAGUAUUUCGUCACUUUCGGCUGUUGGUUCACCAUGUACGUCGGCUACUUCAGCCUGCCCGUUGAUCAAGUCGGCCAGCAGCUCGACGAGCGCACAUGGAUCCCAUUGUACCUUAACAUGGUCGGAAUGUCGUCGGCGUAUUUCAUCACCAAGAGCUUUGGUUACCGUGGCCCGCUCUUAGUGCUGUCGCUCUUGUGCGCAGUUGCGGUGGCAGCACAGUUAGUUAUGACCGGCUACGGUCUGAUGGUUCCGUUGGCGUGGGCAUUCAGGCUGUCAUACGUGGUCUUCCACAUGACCUACGUCUUCCUUUGCAUCCAUACCGUGGAAAUUUUCCAGACGCGAAUGAGGAGCAUGGGGUUUUCUCUCGCCUUCAUGUGCGGCUCCCUGGGCGCUCUGAUGGGGGCACUCGUGAAGUACAUGGAAAGGGUGCUGGCAAUACACCUAAAGCUCAUCCCGAGAGGCGUGACUGCGGUGGCCAUCGCAAGUUUCUACAUGGGUCUCGUACUUGUACCAACAGAUACGAAAGAGGAGUCGCCUGUGGUUCCCAGAGAAAUGGCUUUCGGAAGCAAACGAUCAAGCUCGCACAUUUCGUUGUACGAAGAAAGUGAGCAACGACGGCCAUCGGUGCGCGUUGGCGAAACGACUGAAAGUUUUCAACGUAGACCAAGAGUACCGCCGGUUUAAAUUGUUCCAGAUCUGCCACCAGCCAUUUAUUUGGCAUAUAGAACGUGUUCCUUUCUCCUAGCUAUUUGUGCAAUAAACGUGCCUAUAUAUGGUUUGCAUUUUGUA